UUUCUUGUUGUUUUGUCAUAAAAAAAGCAAACAUCAAGCACGCUGUAUAAAAAAUCAAUUUAACUUCAAGAAUUUGUUAGUUGCUUUUCAAACAUUCAAGUAUCAUAACGCAAAAAUGUCAUUCUUUGCCAUUACUUUAUUCAUUGUAUUGGUUGCAUCUGCAAGCACAAUAAAUGCUCAACCACCACAACCUUGUGGACAAAAUGCAAUGUGGAGUAAUUGUGCUUCACGUUGUCCAAGAAGUUGUGAAGGUUUAAGAAAUCCUAAUCCUAUGAUGUGUGCUGCGGACUGUAUAAUGGGCUGCAGAUGUAAUCCUGGUUAUAUAAGAAUAUCGGGAAGAAAUCCAAAUUGCAUGUUGGAAAAAGACUGUCCCUAUGCAAAUCCUGGAACUACAAGAAGGCCACCACAACCAAUUCGUGAUUGUGGACCAAAUGCAGUUUGGGUUGCAUGUUCAAGAGUAUGCCCGAAAACUUGUGAAUCUAUCAGAAAUGCAGUAGAAACCAAAUUUUGUACUGGACAAUGUUACAGAGGCUGUGUAUGUCAAGAAGGUUUUGUUAAGAGAUCAAUAGAAAGCGUGGAAUGUAUUCCACCACAUGAAUGUGGUCUAUAAGAACGAGACUGAUAAUUUAUUUCCAACAAAUAUAAUGAAGAAAUAUUAUUAUUGUAUUGUCUUAAAAUUUUUUUUUUUUCUUAUCAAAAACCAUAAAUAAAUUCUUUUUCGCAUUUAA